AUAAUUCUGUUCUGUGAUACACUACUUAUUAACACGUCUUCAUUGUGUUGGCUAAAAUAAUUGUAUAGUUUAAGAAACCGUGAUAAUACCGUUUUGCCAUACAGACAUAUUUAGAUAACUGUGGAUUUUGACCUAUCAUUUAGGCUAUAGCUCAUUUAUGUAGGCUAGUCCAAGGGUUAACUUCCCUUGUUAACCAGCACUUUUGCUGACACUACUGCCACUGGAUUCAUUUGAAGGAGAAUUUCAACUGAAUUCAGCAGUGGAUGAUGAUGUCGAACGAGUCCACGGGAACGAAUAUAAUGGAUCUGAAAGAGUACUUUAAAAGAAUUGGGUUUACAGGCCAAGAUGACAAAGCUGACUUUGAAACUUUGUGCACCAUCCACAAGCUGCAUGUUAUGACUGUUCCAUUUGAGAACCUCAGCAUGCACUGUGGGGAGAGGAACACCAUGGACCUGCAGAUCAUUUAUGAUAAAAUUGUCAAGAGCAAUCGUGGAGGCUGGUGUUGUGAAAACAACGUCUUGUUCUCGUGGGUCCUAAAGGAGAUGGGUUACAAAUACACCACACUAGCCUCCAAGGUGUUCAACAGAGUGAAUGAUUUUAACCCAAUGGAGACUCAUCUCAUCAAUCUGGUGGAGAUUGAUGGGAAGCCUUACUUAGCUGAUGUGAGCUUUGGGGUUUCAUGCCAAAUCUGGCAUCCCUUAGAGAUGAUCUCAGGUAAAGACCAGCCACAGCCUCCAGGUGUGUUUCGGCUCCUAAACGAUGGGAUGAGGUGGAUUCUUGAGAAGACUGGAAGGAAACAGUUGGUCCAAGAUGACGCCUUUGCUCAUUCCAGCCUCAUUGACAAGCGCCUGAUGAAAACAAUUUAUUGCUUCACAUUAACACCCCGAAGUUCAGAUCAUUUCCUGGAGGCAUGUGAAUACCUGCAGACUAGUCAAGACUCUCUGUUCAUGCUCAAAUCCAUUUGCUCCCUUCAGACGCCCACAGGCUUCAGAGCUCUGAUUGGUUGGACUUUCAGUGAGGUUACAUUCAAUCCACAGGAGGACUCAGACUUGGUGGACAUGAAAGAAAUCCCAGACUGUGAAAUUGAAGAUUUACUGCGUGAAAAGUUUAAUCUGGUGUUAGUUAAUAGAUUCACACCUAAAAACAACAAAGCUAAGUAUAACAUCUAGCACUCAGAAAAUACUCUGUACCAUGUGUAUUAAAUGAAAAGUGUACUACCUUUGCAAACAUUUUUAACAAACAUAUGCAUCAAUAAAGACCAU